AUGAAGGUCACCGACACCGCUCUCCUCGUCGCUGGCUCAGCAUUAAUAUCCCGCGUCAUCGCAGCAGACAGGCACUUCACCUGGAACCUGACGUACUCGACGCUACCGGGAACGACGGACAAAGAAGUCAUCCUUAUCAAUAACCGGUGGCCGCCGGAGACCAUCGAGGUCGAUGUCAAUGACAGGAUCAUCCUCACGGUCAACAAUGAUGCUAAGAACGGGGUGAAAGAGGGUGUGUCAUUACAUGCGCAUGGGUUUCAUCAGUUCAAUAACAACGCGGAGGAUGGCUCGACUGGGGUUACGCAAUGCUCUAUCCCGAUGGGCAGCUCGCAGACAUACACCUGGCCUACCAGCCAGACCGGCACUUUCUGGGUUCAUAGUCACAAGAUUGGACAAUACCCACUGGGCUUGAGGUCGCCGUUGAUCGUCAAGUCGAAAGAUGAGUCGGCUUUCUAUGGCUACGACCCAAAGCAUGACUUUGUAAUGGAUGUCAGCGACAAUUGGUCAUUGUCGAUGGCAGACAUUGAGGCCAAAUUCAAGACCGGCGCUUGCUGUGUGUCGGGACGUGGUAAUGACGUAUGCGGACUGGAAGUGCCACCAGAUGGCGCCGUGGUUCGCGACGACCUCAGUGGCACCACCACUUAUAAUGCGAAAAGCCUUGGAUCUGGCAAGGCUCGUGUGCGCAUUGUCAACAUGUCGGCAGGGUCUCAGUUCCUCGUCUUCUCAAACGAUCCCGAUAUAGAAAUGGAGGUCAUCGAGGUCGACGGUGUGCCAUUGAAGAAGAACUUAUCAAAGGCCAAGUCUCUUGAGCUUCAUCCCGGACAGCGAUAUAGUGUUUUGGUUAGCAACCCGAGGAGCUUUCUUCUUCACGCUGUCAUCGAUCCACGCCAAUAUUCGAUCAACAGCUGCCAGGAGCUGAGGACCAUUGAAGGUAGCAGUGAAAGCAACAGUGGUGUUGGGCAAAGAAUUAGACAAGCCGGUGGAGGCAGCGGGUCCGGAACCAUCCAAUACAACUACGCCCUAAUAGCAACCGCGAAAUUCGAUCUCGGCUCUGAAAUCCCAACCUCCUUCUUCAAACCCGACAUCUACUGCACCGACUCUAACAAACCCUGCUACACCACGCAAUCAGGCCUCAACAACCUGCCCUCCCACGCCACGGACCUCUCAUACCGUCUAACCGACGACUGGGAAAUCAACGGCAAACUCCUCCCCCAAGACGAGCAGCCCCGGGUGUUAUACGGCAACGACGACGACUCCGUUAUCAUCACGCUCCGACUUACCGCACAGCAGGGUCAGAAUAAGUUUGGGAACUUGAAUAACGGUGUUUUCAUGGAGCCUCAGAUUCCGAUUCUCCUAAGGCAGAACCAGCCCGAUCCGACUGCGUGCUCAAGUGCGCAGUUGGUGCCAAAACCUGGGAUGGGACAGUCGUUGGAGCAGUAUUAUGGUGCGAAUAAUACGUGGAAUGUGAGGAAGGGAACGAAUGUGUUCUUGGUGGUGCAGUCGGCGCCUGGGGCACAUCCGUUUCAUUUGCAUGGAUAUGAUUUCCAGGUUUUAUAUCGUGAAACAGGUCAAAAUGGUCAGAAUAGGCAAAGUGUAGCGGGCUUGCCGGAUGAGCAGAAGAUUAAGGAUAAUGCGUACAACAUGCCCUCGCUUCCCCUCCGCCGCGAUACUUCCUGGAUUGGGCAGGGGUCAUAUGCUAUUUUCGCCAUGAAGGCCGAUAAUCCUGGCGCAUGGUUUCUCCACUGCCAUAACGAUUUCCAUUCCAUGACAGGCAUGGUGGGUACACUCGUGGUUGACUCACCCGAUACGGCUGAUUGGAACGGCAAAAAAACGGGCCAGAGCGUAUGGAAUCAGUGUCGGUUCAAGACUAAGAGCGGUGGCGGAUUCAGUGACUGGACGAAGCAAUGUUGUUCGAGUGCCGAGUCGUGCAGUGCUGGGCCGGAUGUGGUGGUUGCUUAAGCUGAGAUGACGGAGGUAGUUUGGUUAAGGUGUCGUUGGUCCGUACGCGUUGGGUUUAGUGUAAUAGGUUGAGUGUAGGAUACGAGAUGUUUAGUUAUGUACGAUGUGUAGAGG